UGAAGAAGGGAUGCGCCGGAACGAAUUGCUUCUCGCUACUGGUACCAGAGAAUCAGAGAUAGAGAGAAGGGUAACCGGCGUUCAAUCGGACAUGAAGAGGAAGUGGGAUAACGACGACACCGGCGACAACAAGAGAAUGCCGAAGGAAGAAUCAGCUCCAUAUGUUAUUGUAGUUCAUGGACCUCCCAAGGUUGGAAAAUCCUCGUUGAUCAAGUCUUUAGUGAAACAUUAUACCCAUAAAACUCUUGCUGACAUCACAAACCCAUUACGAUCGUAUUUCUUUUUUCCAGGCGGACAAAGACGGAUACAAUUUGUGGAGUGUCCUAAUAAUGUCAAUGGCAUGAUUGAUGCUGCAAAGUAUGCCGAUGCAGUGAUAUUCCUUAUCGAUGCAAGUUAUGAAUUUGAAAUGGAAACUUUCGAGUUCCUUAACCUGUUAAGAGUUCACGGAAUGCCAGAGGUAAUGGGGGUGCUUACAUAUCUUGAUAGCUUUACAAAUGUUGAUUACCUGAAAAAAACCAAAGAUUACCUUAAGGACCGUUUCAAGACGGAAAUAUCUGAAACAGCAGAAGUAUUCUGUUUAUGCGGUCUCGAUCACGGGAUGUACUCGAAGGAUGAAAUUUGCGAAUUGGCAAGCUUCAUAUCGCUUAUGGAAGUCCAUCCUUUGUCAGCACGAGCUGGACAUCCUUAUGUGCUUGUAGAUCGUUUUGAAGAUGUCACUCCUCCAGAGGAAGUGGGCAUGCAUAAUGAGUGCACUAGAGAUGUAAUCUUGUAUGGUUAUCUUCGGGGUAGUGUCAUCGAGAAAGGAACUAAGGUGCAUAUUGCUGGUAUUGGUGAUUUCCAUUUAGCUGGUGUUACAAGAGUCGCUGAUCCUUUCCCUUUACCGCCUGUUGAUGGCCAUAAUCUGGAGGUUGAUCUUGAUGAAGUAACCUACUUGGAAAUCGAGAGUUUUAAACCAGGAACUUAUCUAAUGUUUGAAGUCCGUGGCGUUCCUUCUGAAAUUAUUACUAGCCGUCCUCCUUGUCAGCCUAUUCUUGUUGGAGGUAUCACUCCCAAAGAAGAAAAUGCUGCAUAUAUGCAGGCGGACCUUAAGCAACACAGCUGGCAUACAAAAUCAUUGAAGACAAAUAAUCCUAUUAUUGUUUCGGUUGGUUGGAGAAGGUACCAGACAACACCUAUCUAUGUCCGGGAAGACCGCCAUGGAAGGUAUCAAAUGCUCGAACACAUUCCCGAAGACACUCCUUGUCUUGCAGUAUUUUGGGGUCCUCUUGCACCUCCCAACACUAGAGUCGUUGCUGUGCAGAGUCUGGCAGACCACGAGGCAGCAUUCCGGAUUUUAGCAACUGGGGUUGUACUCAAUAACCAAGCUGCAAAGAUAGUGAAGAAAAGCAAGUGUAUUGGAACUCCUUGUAAGAUCUUCAAUGAUUUUGCUCUUAUCAAGGACAUGUUUACAUCAGAUGAUGAAAUUGAUCAGUUCAAAGAUGCAAAGGUUAAGACUGAGAGUGGAAUUGGGGGGGAGGUUAACGGUUGCAACAAAGGAGCUCUUAAGUACAGUGAAAUGGAAGGAUGUUCAACCUACAGAAGGGAUCGCUAAAUGCUCAUUUCAGUCCAGAAUUGAGAAGUGUGAUAUUGUUUCCAUGCAAAUGAGGACCCCUGUUGAGGUUCCUUGCAUCUUUAACCCGUUAACGACAGCCCUGCAAUUAAGCAACCACAUUUGGCAAAGCUUGGAUACAGGGGACAAGAGCAUAAUUAAGCAGCACAACUUUGAUAUAAGUAAAGCCCAUGUGGUGGUGAUUGCUGAGGAAGGAAAGAUAGCCACAGGGGGCCUGAGAGAAUAUCUGAUUGAGGCAUUCGAGAAGGACCUUAGGAGUGAUCUGGUGCAGAAACGGGAGACGCUUGAAUACCGGGGUGCUGUGCUCAUUGUCCCAAGAGUAAGCUUUCCUUGGAUGGCAGAG